CCAUUAUUCCACAAGAUAAUUACUUAAGCACACCAAAACUAACUAGCUCAAUGGCUGGAGUUAGUAAGCUAAUGCUCAGCCUUCUCAUUUUGGCAUUUCUUCUUUCGUCUGCCGUUCAACCAACGGAUGCUUUCCGACCAACUCCCACCACCCGCAUUGACGGCGCUUCUGACAAAAUUCCUACUGGCAAUUUUUAUCACCCUACUUCUGGCGGCGGCGCAUCCUCACAUGUUGAUGCUUUCCGACCAACUACUCCCGGCAACAGCCCCGGCAUCGGUCACCACCGUGUUGCCCCCACCUUGAGUAAUAAUGAUAAAAUUAAAGCCGUUGGUCGUCCUAAACCUUGAUGUGUGUGUGUGUCAUGCAUGUAUGUAUGUAUACAUCAUAUAUACAUACACGGAUUAUAUCAUUACGAAUAAGCAAGCGCAGCUGUGAGAUCUGGCAUACCUUAUACAUGUGUGUUUGAGCUAGCCCGCUUGCAUGGAAUUGGUUGAGUUGGUUCUGUAUGCUAAGCUUCAAUUAUGUAUUCUAUUUUCUGCAUGUGUGUUUUAUGACUAUAAUUAAUAAAAUGAUUGACUUGUUCUCAU